CCUCUUGGCAGUGUUGUUUUGUAGAAGGUCUCAGUGAGAACUCUUUCCUGCCGUAGUAAAGCUUAAGAUGCUCUCUAUGUGAGAUUAAAUGCGAGAAACUUUGCAUCCUCUGUGGGAUUGUUUACCCAGAAGUCACUCUCAGCUGAGGAUGUCAUCGUAGGCUUGCAAGGAUAUGAAUGCAUGGAGUUUUUACUAUUUUUAUACAUGCUGAAGAAAUCUUUUUUGUUUGUCUGAAGAGAAGAAAACUUCUGUUUUAUCCACAAGUUGUUUUUUUUUCUUCGUAGGGGUUCCUUGAGAGAUAAAAAAAUAUAUAUAUGCUUUUGGAUUUAAGUCAAAUAUAUUUGCUUCUGGAUUUUUCUGGGACUGCAUUAUCUUUCUUUUGAGACUUUUGGGAUUUGUAGUUACAGAUUUCCAUGUUAGAAAAUCAUCAUGAGGUGUUGGAUCUGAAAAAGUGAAGUGGCAAGACUCGAGAGUUAUUUACUGGAUUGUGUCAUUUUACACGCUUAAACAAGAAGAGCUGCAAGGAACAUCUCCAAUCUGCAUUACAAACCCCAAAACAGUGAGCAAUUCCACUGGACUUCAACUAUUACAGCUUUAUAGAAAGCACCACUAGCGUUCCAUUGGGUCUUGUUAAAAAUUGGUUCAUUUUCUGAAGAAAGCGAGCUUCUUUUGCUGUCGCGAGUGGUGUGUGUGAGAAGUUUUUCUCUUCUCUCCUUGGAGGACUGUUUGCCUGUUGUUUAGCUGCUGAUAUUCAGUUAAACGGGGGAUGCCAGAGCACCGCUGCAGAGGUUACUCCAGGUCGUUUCUGAGCGUGGCCUGAUGAAGCUGUACUUGUGUGCUGGGAAGGACUGACACAAUAAGUGUGAAUUUCUCCACAAACGGACUGGAGAGAUGGAAGUCCUCAGCUUUGACGCUGAGUCUGAUUGGCUAUAUGAUUGGGAGGCAGUUCAAGAGUCUGAAAUGGCCUUGUGUGAUUGGACAGAUUGGGACUGGGAUUCAGAGAGAGUACCUGCUGUUUUGAGCCCCACAUACAAGCAGCGGAAUGAAGACUUCAGGAAACUCUUUAAGCAGCUGCCCGACACAGAGCGCCUCAUUGUGGACUACUCCUGUGCCCUGCAGAGAGAUAUCCUCCUGCAGGGUCGCCUCUACCUCUCUGAAAACUGGAUCUGUUUUUAUAGCAACAUAUUCCGCUGGGAAACGCUGCUGACGGUGAGGUUAAAAGAUGUUUGCUCCAUGACGAAGGAGAAGACGGCUAGACUUAUUCCCAAUGCAAUCCAGCUGUGCACGGACAAUGAAAAGCACUUUUUUACCUCAUUCGGAGCGAGAGAUCGGACGUACAUGAUGAUGUUCAGGCUCUGGCAAAAUGCUCUGCUGGACAAGCCAUUAUGUCCCAAAGAGCUUUGGCAUUUUGUCCAUCAGUGUUAUGGGAAUGAGCUGGGUCUGACCAGUGACGAUGAGGAUUAUGUACCUCCUGAUGACGACUUCAACACCAUGGGCUGUUGCCCCUCUCCCUGGUGCAGGUACUGUGAGGAGAUUCCUGCUGAAGACAACGAGGCCAAUGACAACUGCAAUAAAACCCCAGACGCCAAGAUGGACAUCAGUCCCCAGCUCCAUCGGAAGGUGUUUCCCAACAGCAGCCUGAACUCCACAGACAGCACUGAUGCUCCGCUCAAUUUUGAUGUGCCCCCGGUGGAGGACUUUACCAACUGCAUCCCAGAAGACCUCCUGCCCCUGACCUUACCUGAUAAUAAGCUGUCAGAGACCGGUGGCUCCGCCCAUGUCCCCGCCCCCUCACCCUCGCUUGAUUUUAAUGAUAAUGAGGAUCUUCCCACUGAACUCAGCGACUCCUCAGAAACACACGAUGAGGCAGGGGAAGUUCAGGCCUUCCAGGAAGAUCUGAAUGGGAAACUGUACAUUAAUGAAGUGUAUAAGUUCAGUGUGGAUAAACUGCACGACAUCCUGUUCACUGAAUCACAGUUCAUGAGGGAGUUUCUGGAGCAGAGACGCUUCUCAGAUGUGGUCUAUCACCCAUGGAGGAAAGAGGACACCGGUAAUCAGACCAGAGAGAUCAUGUACACCAUCUCCCUCUCCAACCCACUGGCCCCAAAGACGGCCACAGUGACAGAGACGCAGACUUUGCACAAGGCCAGUCAAGUGAGCGAGUGCUACAUCAUUGACGCUGAGGUCAUUGCUCACGAUGUCCCCUAUCAUGACUAUUUUUACACACUCAACCGCUACAUGCUCACUAGAGUCGCAAGGAACAAGUGCCGCCUGAGAGUGUCAGCUGAACUGCGCUACAGGAAGCAGCCAUGGGGAUUAGUCAAGGGCUUCAUUGAGAGAAACUUCUGGAGUGGUCUGGAUGAAUAUUUUAGGUAUUUAGAGCUGGAGCUGAAUAAGGUACAGCUGGUGCUAUCUGAACAAUCUCCCAAAUCCAAAGCAUUACGCACAGCUACAGUGAGGCGGAGGAAGCGGCCCCUGACGCACAUGAGGCCGCAGCACAUGGACGAGGCCCUCAGCCCAGUCACCACACCUGAGGAUGAGAAGAGCGUCAUCCAGCGCAUCAAACAUGUGGCAGGAUCCACACAGACCAGACACAUGCCAGACCACGCGUCUGAAGGCCUGGCUCUCUACAGCGUUUCCAAACUCCUGCUCAUCAUCAGCUCUGUGAUUUGUGUAAGUCUGGUGCUGCUGGUCUUUUUGAACUUGAUGCUGUUUUAUAAGUUAUGGAUGCUGGAAUACACGGCUCAGAGUUUGGCCUCCUGGCAGGGUCUCAGGUCUCAUGAAAGUAAACUUCCACAAACACAGAUUGAAUGGGCUCAGCUUUUGGAAUCUCAGCAGCGUUACCAUGAAAGCGAGCUGGAAAAAUGGAGGGAAAUAAUCAAGUCAUCUGUGCUGUUAUUAGAUGAGAUGAGGGAGUCUCUAAUGAAGCUGCAGAAAGGUAUCGGGUUGAGAGACUAUGAUUCAGACAGUGAAGAAAGAAGAAGUCACUAUCACUGACGAACAGAAUCCCGGGUCAGCAAAUCUACAUGUACACGUUCAGAUGAGCUGAGCCGGGCAGACGGGGCUCGGUAAGUCAACGGUUCUGACGUCACACACUGAACGUCCUCACUUUCUGGAUCCUCCAGAAUAAUCAGUGCGAUGAGAGAGCCGAAAAGCGAAGGAACGCAAUCUGAGUCCCGCAAUUGUGAAAAUCUCGUCUUUUCACCCAGGGCUAAACAAACAACAACAACAAACCAAAACUAUUGAACUGUCUCUGCAAAACGGACACAGACUCUCUGGUUUAAACACUUGGAAAACUCGAGAGGAUGUUGGAACUCCUAAGCAUCCCUUUUUUUGUUUUGUUUUUUUAAACCUUUUGGAGUCUGGGACCACAUAAAGAAAAGAUGAAGUCGCUAUCAACAAGUGUUACGUGGACAUAUACAUAUUUAUUUAUAAAAAAGUGAAAUUGAAUGAUAUUAACUAUAUGAUUUCUAUGUAGAGCUAUAUUUGUUGCCAGAGUUAAUUUGUAACAGGCUUCCAUGGAGAAUCGAGGCUAGAUCCUUGAUAGCUUGCGCCAUGGUGCAUCAAACUAUAUGCAACUGGUUUAUCCUCCGCUCUUCGGAGGAAGUACUUCCUCUGAUUGGUUGAUUCGGAGUGGUAAAAGAGCCAGAGUUACUGAAGUGUGAUGGUAGAAGCGUCUACUGAGCAGCUUGGCCGCAUUCUAGUUUCCAUACUACUAUGCAAAUAAAUAAGUACAUACUUAU